AAUGUUGAGAUAGCUAAACAAUCUGUCACUGUUAAAACCAUGUUAGAAUAUUUGGGUAUGGUUGAGGAUGAAGAUAAACCUGUUCCACUACCUAAUGUUAAUGCUGCUAUAUUAAAGAAGGUAAUUCAAUGGUGUAACUUCCAUCGGGAUGACCCUCCACCACCUGAAGAUGAUGAAAACAAAGAAAAAAGAAAAGAUGAUGUUUGUUCCUGGGAUACAGAAUUUCUUAAAGUUGACCAGAGCACCUUGUUUGAGUUGAUUUUGGCUACCAACUACUUAGAUAUCAAAGGCUUGCUUGGUGUAAUAAACUAUUAG